UUCCCUUGCGUCUGAAGCCAGGGAUGGUCACAAGUGCCCAUGACAAGUGCCCUGACGCCCACAUCAGGGCUCCUGCUCAGCAGCCCUGGGUGGGGAGGGGCCUCGGGAAGCCAGCAAGACGAGGUGUGGCAGCGUCCAGUUAUCCUCCCUGUCGCAUCCCCAUCCACGAGCUCAUUCUGCUUCACCAAGCAGGAAUCUGGCACCAGCCCACCUGGUUGGUUCCCACUCCGGAAUCUGCUGAUGUCCUCAAGUGGCUCUCCCCUGUGAAAGGAUAUUGUGAUAUUUCUGACUCACAGGCCAGUUCAGGGUCGGCAGUCUGUGAAGACCACAGAUAUUACCUGUUUACAAGAGUAACAAGGUCUCCUACUGGAAGAUGCAUCACUUUCUGGCCAACAGAAGUAACUGAGCAAGAAAUAACCUAUACAGAAUUAAAUCUUCAAAAUGCUUCUCAGGAUCAUCCAGGGGAACGAAAGAACUACCACUGCAAAGGGAAGAUCCUUGCUAGGAUGCUGGGAAUCAUCUGCUUUGUCUUGAUGUCCACUGUGAUAACAAUAGUUCUUAUUUCCUUUUUUUCAGUUACUGAAAUACUGGAGCAGAACAAUUCAUCCCUGAAAACAAACAUUCAGAAAGCUUAUCACUGUGGUCAUUGUCCAAAAGAGUGGUUUACAUAUUCCAACCAUUGCUAUUACAUUAGCACUGAAAGAAAAUCAUGGAAUGAGAGUUUGGCAUCCUGUGCUUCUAACAACUCUAACCUGCUCUACAUAGAUGAUGAAGAAGAACUGUAUAUAUUGGACUUCUUCAUUUUUUCUUCAUGGAUUGGAGUCUCCCAGAGAAGCAGUAAUUCGUGGGUGUCGCCUAAAGGCUUAACUUUCUUUUCCGAACAGUUGUCAGUAACUUCAGGGAGAGACAAUUGUACAUUUCUAUAUCUUCAUAUAAACAAAAACAAAAUUUCUUUUGCAUCCUGCGUAGAAAGAAAAACAUAUGUCUCAUCAUGUCCAGGGAAGCUCAUUGCUGGAAUCCUGGGAAUCAUCUGCCUUAUCUUGAUGUCCACUGUGAUCACAAUAGCUGGUAUUCUCUCUACUGAAGGACCAGUGCGGAAUAACACUUCCCUGGAAAUAACUACCCAGAAAGGACUUUACUGUGGCCAUUGUGCAAAAGGAUGGUUUACAUAUUCCAACAAUUGCUAUUACAUUAGCACUAAAAGAAAACCAUGGAACGAGAGUUUGACAUCCUGUUCUUCUAAGAACUCUACCCUGCUGAACAUAGAUGAUAAAAAGGAAAUGUCUUUGUUCAGUCACCUCAUUCGUUCUUCAUGGAUUAUAGACUACCAAAGAAUCAGUAUUAAUUCACCUGUGUGCACAAAGGUCUCCACUUUCUUUUCUAAAGCAUUGCCGAUUUCUUCAGAGAGCAACAAGAAUUGUCCAUAUUUCAACUUUGACUCAAACAAAGGGCAACAUGUAAACAUCUAGCUUUUGCCCCCUCAAAUGCUCUGGAUUGGA